AUGGCAGACCAGCAGUUUGAUUCAUCUAAAAAACGUGGUAUUUGGCUGAUUGGAAAACUAUCGCAACAAUCAACGGUAGAAAACAUCCUUCCAAAUGACAGGUGUUACAAAAUACCCGAAGACCGAAAAUUUCUUCUAGCGCAAAGUGAAAAGGGGAGGCGUGGUUGCUUGGAUCCAGUCGAUAAGGUGUUGACAGCGAAAGAAGCAAGGUGUAAAAGACGGGUUUUGCAGACGAAGGCACGCAAGGAGAAAGAAAUUGAGCGGAUGCAACAAUUGGACACUGACAAUGACUACAUUAUUGGUCAACGGAAAAUAAAAAGUUUGAAAGUUGUCAACGAUGCCGCCGAGAGAGGAGUGGCCUUAAUUCAGGAGUUCAACAGAGUUGUAACAAAUGACAAAGACCAGAAGCAGUAUUUGAUGCAAGUGAUAGAGGAACAUCGCAAAGACUUCCCAAUUUCAAAGAAGUGUACUAUUAUUGCUGCAAGAAGAAAGUAA